AUGGCUUUGUCUGUGGACUCUGCUUUGUACCGUUGGCAGCGACUGGGAGCUGCAAGUCCCUCUCAGCCUCUAUCAGAAUCGACACCACUGCUGUUUUCUGUAAGAGACAAACCAAAACUCAACUUAAAAAAAUGGAGGAUUGUGUUUCCUGGCAAUGGGAGACAGUGGGAAGACUGGAAACAAGCUUCUGUGUUUUAUUCUGGAAACAAGAUACAGACUGCAAAAUACACGUGGUUCACGUUUUUGCCCCAAAAUCUCUUUGAGCAGUUUCACAGGCUGGGUAAUCUUUAUUUCUUCUUUCUGGCGAUUCUGAACUGGUUCCAACAAGUGGAAGUCUUCCACAGAGAGAUUACUAUGCUGCCUCUGGUCUUGGUUCUGCUUGCCAGUAUGAUUAAGGAUGCUAUUGAAGACUAUAGAAAAUACCAAUUUGAUAAGACCAUAAAUUUCUCUAAAACCCGAGUAUAUAACACGGAAGAACAUGCUUACGUGGAGAAGUGCUGGAAGGACGUGAGGGUGGGGGACUUUGUGCAGCUGCAGUGCAACGAGACCAUCCCGGCGGAUAUCCUCCUGCUGCACUCCUCCGAUCAGAGCGGCAUCUGUCACCUGGAAACCGCCAACCUCGACGGGGAGACCAACCUCAAGCAAAGACGAGUCGUGAUGGGCUUCUCCGGCCACAAUACUUUGUUUGAACCUGAAUUAUUCCAAAACACCAUCGUCUGUGAAAUGCCUAACAAUGAUCUCAAUAAAUUCAAAGGGUACAUGGAGCAGCCAAAUCAUGAGCGGAUUGGUUUUAACAUUGAAAGCCUCUUGCUCCGUGGAUGUACAAUCAGAAAUACUGAGGCUGCAAUAGGAAUUGUUAUAUAUGCAGGUCAUGAAACUAAGGCCAUGUUAAAUAACAACGGUCCUCGUUACAAGCGCAGCAAGAUAGAGCGACGGAUGAAUACGGAUAUUUUCGUAUGUGUGGGACUCCUGUUCGUGAUGUGUCUUGUUGGAGCUGUAGGGCAUGGCAUUUGGACUGGAAACUUCUCAAAGCAUCCACCUUAUGAUGUCCCAGAUGAGAAUGGCAAUUUUCUACCUCCUGUUCUCGCUGGUUUCUACAUGUUCUUGACAAUGAUAAUCCUGCUGCAGGUUUUAAUCCCCAUUUCUCUUUAUGUGUCCAUUGAGUUAGUCAAGUUGGGCCAAGUCUUCUUAAUUCACAAUGACCUUGACCUCUAUGAUGAAGAGGCAGAUUUGCCCAUACAGUGCCGUGCCCUAAAUAUUACCGAAGAUCUUGGACAAAUCCAGUACAUCUUCUCAGACAAAACCGGGACACUAACAGAAAACAAAAUGGUAUUCCGACGCUGUACUGUUGAUGGGAUUGAGUUUUCACAUCAGGAAAAUGCCAGGCGCCUGGAAACACACAAAGAGAUGGAUUUAGAUGAGGAGGACUUUGCAAAACUUCAACGCUUCACUCUUCCUCCCAUGAACACUGAGAGACCAGUCGCUUAUAAGCAGAGGACUGUGAGACCUUUAAGGAGAUGCCAGAGCGCUAGGGCUCAUUUUCAGGGCCAUACAAGGAACAGGUCCCUCGGUCGUCGUGACAGCAACCAGUCUCAAGUGGCAUUCAGCAGCACCAUU